GUUCGCCUAGUACGGAAAAGUAACCACAUCUGAGGACGAAUGGAGCCACACUACAGUUGUGUUAGGAACGACACGCAACUGUUAGUUGGCGGAAUGAGGACGAGGAUGUGGUGGCCUCCCUCCCAAACAAAAGAAAGAUCACAAAAAAUUAAGUUAGAAGUUGACCCUCCCAGGCCACAAAGGCGAACAUGCUGGCGUGGCAUAGAGAUCUGGGAUACAUUAGAUAGAAAAUUUUUAUUAUUUAUAUGACUGAGAAUAAAAGCGUGGCUCUAGAGCCUAUAACCACAUCCUCGUCCUCAUUCCGCCAACUAACAGUAGACCUCUCUCAUCCAUACAAACAACAUGGACUCACAUUCACAGCAACCUAAUCUAGAUCCAAGUACAUUACAGGAACUGGAAUCCCUGAGAAUAAAGCUCCAGUCUUUACAAGACACGUUCAACACGCACUUGGCGUAUCUGAGGGAUCCCAAAUAUCCGUUUACCUGGCCAGAUCUACUGAACAAGUUCAACAUGUUGACAGCCAAAUUCGCCUCCUUGUCAGAGGACUUUUAUGCACAACUCGAUCCUAAUUCCAACUCUACACUUCCAAAGCUUAUGCUCCACCCACAAACACCAACCACUACCGAAAGUGAGACUCAAAUUUUGAGCGUCCUACUUCGAACAAAGCUGAUUCCUGAUAUUGAGCGCAUGGAAGCACAAACCCAGGUGGCUAUUGCGUCAGAAUUUGGAGAGCCGGACGGCAAUGAUGGAACAGGGAAAGCUUUAGAUGAAGACCGCGUCCUGAGGAAGCAACAGGAACAUUGGACGAAACUCAUAAACCAACACGAUCAACUUGCUGGACAAGCGAAUGAAAUUGUCAACGAACUGGUAGCCAACUUCCGGGAAACGAACAUUGCCGAAGCAGAACAACUAGAGAGACAUCGACGGGAGCUUGCAGCUGUAGAGCCAGUGUGGAAGAAGGAAGGUUUUGCCGGCGAAGAAACUUGGCGUAGGUACCAAUUAGAAUGCAUGGCUUCGUUCUUCAGCAGUGGAAGAGAUGAACUGCAAGGCAGUGAUUUGAAAAAACCAUCGCAAUCACCACAACCAGCGUUAAAUUCACCACGAUAAGCAUUUAACGAUGCAUAUGCCAUUAUUUCAAUGUACAAUAUAUACCAUUACAGCAGAGGCACAAUACAUGCAUUUU